AUGGCGGACACCAAGGCAGUGACUAUCCGUAAAAGGAAGUUCACGACAAACAGGCUUCUUUCCAUGAAGCAAUUUGUAAUUGAUGUGCUCCAUCCUGGACGGCCAAAUGUCUCCAAGGCUGAAUUGAAAGAGAAAUUAGGAAGGAUCUACGAUGUGAAAGAUCCAAAUUCCAUCUUCGUAUUCAAGUUCAAGACUCAUUUCGAUAUCCUUUUUAUUGUAAUCCUCAACCAAGAGAUCAGACGGUUAUCGCAACAGUUCCUGAAUGAGUUUGCAAGAGUAAACUCCGGGUUCUAUUUGGCGGAUCUGUUUCCUGAUUUCAAGUUUCUUUACGUGGUUUCUGGACUGAGAUCAAAGUUGACGAAGCUGCACAAGACUCUUGACAAGAUUUUCGACGACAUCUUCGAAGAGCACAAGGGUAAAAGAAGAGACGGCAAGGAGGCAUGGGAGGAAGAUCUUCUUGAAGUUCUUCUUAAAAUCAAAGAGGAAGGUGGUCUUGAGUUCCCCAUCACAAACAACAAUAUUAAAGCCAUUUUCGUAGACAUUUUUGCAGGAGGCACUGAUACGUCUUCGAUAACAAUUGAAUGGGCCAUGACGGAAAUGAUACGACACCCGAGCGUGAUGGAGAAGGUGCAACACGAAGUGCGAGAAGCCUUUCAGGGGAAGAGAAAAAUCAGAGAGUUAGACAUACAAAGUUUGAGCUAUCUGCAGUGUGUAAUCAAGGAAACUCUAAGGCUUCACCCCCCAAUCCCUAUGUUACUCCCUCGUGUAUGUAGGGAGCAAUGCAAAAUUGGUGGUUACGAUAUACCCAUCAAAAUGAAAGUUAUGAUCAAUGCAUGGGCAUGCUCAACUGAUCCUGAGUUCUGGGAGGAUCCUGACAGCUUCAGGCCAGAGAGAUUUGAAACUACUUCAGUCGACUUCAAGGGAACUCAUUAUCACUAUAUUCCAUUUGGGUCCGGUCGGAGAAUGUGCCCGGGCAUAACCUUCGGUUUGGCAUCGAUCGAGCUUUUCCUCGCUCAAAUGCUAUACAAUUUCGACUGGAAACUUGCGGAUGGAUCAAAUCCUUUAGAUAUUGAUAUGAUGGAGGGAGAGGGAGUGUUAGCAGCAAAAAAGGUUCACUUACAUUUAAUCCCUACCUCUUAUGCUCCAGAUAAUUAACUAUAUCAGCUAUAAGGAUUCUAAAUAAUGCAAAUAAAUUGGAUUAAUGAAUUGAAGUAGCUUUUCAUUCUUCCUUUAUCUG